AUGUCUCGGAUACAAAUUCCCUUGGACGUCAUCACGUCGAGGUUGAACCUCUCAGACAGAUUCGCCGGUGUUCGAUCACAAUCACUCUCGUCAAGAUUCGCAAAUCUUAAACCUGUCUCCGAAUUUCUCGACCUCAAGAGACUCUCGAAACCUGCCAACUUUGGCGAAGUCCAAUCCCGGGUCAACUACAACCUAGGCCACUUUUCCAGCAAUUAUGCCGUGGUCUUUGUGAUGCUCAGCAUCUACGCCUUACUCACCCGACCGCUGCUCCUCUUCGUCAUCUGCCUUGUGGUUGGUGGAAUGUGGGGUAUUGGGAAACUCGAGGGUAGAGAUUUGGAUAUAGGCGUCGUUCGCGCAACUUCUUCGCAAUUGUACACGGCCCUGAUAUGCAUCGCCGUUCCUUUGGGAUUUUUGGCAUCACCAAUUACAACAAUCCUUUGGCUCAUCGGUGCAAGCGGAGUCACCAUUUUAGGGCAUGCCUCAUUUAUGGACAAACCAAUCGAUGAGGCUUUUUCCGGGGAGGCGGUCUAG